AUGUCGUACGACGACGUGGAAAUCGAGGACAUGGAGUGGAACGAUGAGCUCAAAGCUUUCACAUAUCCUUGUCCGUGCGGUGACUUGUUCCAGAUCACGAAUGAAGAGUUGAAGAUUGGGGAAGAGAUCGCUCGAUGUCCUAGUUGUUCCCUUUAUAUUACUGUUAUAUAUAAUAUCGAAGAUUUUCUCGGAGAUUCUAAGAAACAUGUCGAGCCUUCGAAACAACAGCCAAUUGCUGUCGCUUGAGAACCUCAAGGUUUCUAUUUUUGUUUGUUUCUGGUAAUUCCAAAUAUAGGUUCACAUUGAGGGUUUUUGUUUUUGAGAAUUUGGUGUCAUAUUGUAAAAUUUUGCUCUAUUGGAAAAGGAGAGUUACUGUUCUGCUCAUUGUUGCUUGUGCUUUUCCGGAGUAAUAGUAUUAGCUUUGUAUUUUCGCUUUCAUAGAUUUCUAUUUCCUUCUGUUGUUUCGUUAGCCUUGAUUAUUGUACAUUCUUCUUGUUGUUCUUGCUUGUUA